CCACUUCAACUUCUUCUUCUUCCUCCGUAACUAUCUUGUAAAAUAACAAAGCUGUUGCAUUUUCCUCCGGUGUUUCGUUCAGAAACUUAGCGAUUUCUCGUUCGUAAAGUCCAUCAUCUCUGUUGAGGAGGUCAUCAAAUACGUCAUUUUCCUUGAUGUCCAAUGCUAAAUACACACGGUCCCUAAUCCAUUCGAUUCUUGGGUCAUCCAUUUUGUAUUUUAUGUACGCAACAUUACUGACAGUUCAAUUUAUCGGAUAUAUGCAUCAAAUGCAAAAAGUACAUUUUAACUUCAGCAAACCUUAACCUCAACACAGUAACAUUACCUGCUAAAUAGAUGCGCAGUAUGAAAGAGUUCAAAAAAGAACCCUUUUAUCGUGUGAAAUAAAGAUAAUAGCUCUGCAGACUACAACUUUUUCAGUGUUUUAGAGCUAAAGAUACACAAUGCAAUGAAUUUAUCAGCAAAAGAUUCGAUAUGAUGGGAAUUAAAUCGGCGCCCAAUGACACAGAAUUUGCGAAAGUAGUACUACUAGUUUACCGUCCGCCAUAUUGUUGCUAUGUAUGUGUACAUCUCGCAAAAAUACAAGUUAACGGGAAGUAGUAAAGUGUUAAAAAAGAAUCUAUUUUUGAAAUAAAUUUCAAAUCAUCCUUCAAUAUAGACUUUUUCAUAAAACUAAAAAAAUUAAAACCGAAGAAACUUGAGAAAAAAUGUUCCCAGAAUUCUUAGAUGUAAACAUUAGCUCGUGCAAGUGCUGGAAGAGCAUGUUGACAACGUGUGCCCACCAAACGUAGUAAUCGAGUUUUUCAUGUAGUUUACUGUCCUGGGAGAAACUGCAAUGGAAUCAUUAUGGAAAGAGUUUUUGUCGGAAGGAUUUUGUUUUUUGUUCUGUGUAGCUUUAUUUACAUUUAUUUUUAUAAAUAGGAAAUUGUUUGUCAAAUUUAUUUCAAAUUUUUAUCACGGAGAUAAAAUCCAACACAACUCAUCAGCCUUGUGUGAUUCUCCUGGUUGUGUCAGGUGCAACAAAUAUGAACAGGCGCAAAUAAGGGCGAAAAAGAGACUAGAUAUGUAUUUAGCAAUUGUCCAGGCAGAACCAGAGGGGCCAAAAACCAACCAAAAGCAUUUGGACAGAAUAUCUGAGUCAGUGAUGGGAGAAGGAAACGUAAAAUAUGAGGUGGAAAAUCAAUGCCCAAAUGUACUUUAUGUGAAAGGAUUACUUGCAAAGCCAAUCUGGCAAGACUGCAUGUUCCAAGCAGAUGUAAAAAUACUGGAAUCAAAUGCUGAUUCAAUAUUCAAAGAAUUUGAAUGUGUGUAUGCCAGUACUGUUGGGUGGGUUUGUAACACUACCCCAACUGGAAAAUGGCUAGUUUUUCACUUAGUAAACCAAGGCACUAAACUUGAAGAUAAUUGCAAAAAGUGCCCACAUACUGUAAGUCUUCUUAAGGCAUUGCCUUCCUUUAUGGGCUGUAAUCUCUUAGGCAAUGCAUCUUUCUCAGUGGUGUAUCCAGGUACAGAAAUAGCAGAACACUUUGGGCCCACAAACAUCCGGAUUAGAACUCAUUUAGGACUUGUGGUCCCUCCAGAAUGUGAGCUACAUGUGGGAGGCCAGACAGCCACGUGGAAGCAAGGACAGUGCACUGUUUUUGACGAUUCAUUUUCUCACUCAGUGAAACACUCAGUGAAAGGAGAGGGUUCCAGAGUUGUGUUCAUGGUGGACCUGUGGCAUCCAGGACUUACUCUAGAAGAAAAGAUAGCUCUUGAUUUUAUAUAUUCCCCCGAUUUGUGAUGGAUGAUGACUAUGGACAGUAUAAAAUAAGAAAAUGUCUUUUUUAUCCAUUAAUUGGCAUACAUGUAACUCUUCUUGAUAAAGAGAAACUUCACACACACGUUUUGGGAUACUAUUUUUUCUUUUUGUAAGUGUAUGUACAUGUGCACAUGAGUACUGCUCGUCUUAUUUUAUGAUGCAUACACAUGUAUG